CAUUAAUUACGUCAGAGCAGGCGAACACCUGUGUCGCGUUGACGCUCAGUAGGGAUGAAAUACACAGACGACGCUGCGGAUAUGAUUUGUGGGGACAAACUGUCCAAAAAUGAGCAGCUGAAAAGAUGAUCUGCUGAAGGCCUGCAGUGAUGAGCCGCUCCGCGUGAGUGACGGAACCCGGCCGCAGACAGUAGUUCAGAGGAUUGAUUUAAAACGCGCAUGAAACGUAAGUCAGCAGAACUCCGUUUUAAUCAGAGAGAUCGAGCUGUAGACUUAACGUGUUACAACAGAGGAUAAAGUUCAGCAAGUCAGCUUGUAGUUCCCUGUAUCCCUCUUACUCUUUAAAAAGUGGAUUUGGUAAAUAUAAAUUGUUAUUUAUACAAGUUUGUGUUGAACUAGGUAUGUGUGAAGUGAUGUGAUUUGUGUAACAAUCUUUUGCUGUGCAAUACCUAGGAUGCAUGAAAAGACAAAUUAAUCACUAUUGUCUCUCAUGCAGUUUAGAAUGGCACCACGCAUUAGCCCGCAGAAGGAUGCAAUGCAUCAUGUUAUCACAAAGACUGACAAAACAGGAAAACUAGAGGUGAAGUUCAUCAAUGCAGUUAAAGGGCGUGGUGUAUUUGCUACACAUCCAUUCAACAAAGGAGAUUUUAUUGUGGAAUACAGAGGUGACAUGAUAAAUGAAAAAGAAUGUGAAAGAAGAAAAAGAGUUUACCAUCAUUCCUGUGCAACUUUCAUGUUUGCCUUUAGAUGGAAGGAGAAAAUAUGGUGCAUUGAUGCCUCUAGAGAAGAUGGCUCUCUUGGACGGUUUGUUAACGAUGAGCACAGAUGCCCAAAUAGUAAAAUGAAAAAAAUUGAUGUGAAUGGAGUGCCACACCUUUGUCUAUUUGCCUUACACAACAUUCAAGAAGGAGAAGAAAUUACAUACGACUAUGGAGGCAAUGACUGCCCAUGGAGAACAAAGUCACCAACAGAUGGUCUUCACAUGGAUGCAGUGGAACAAGGCAACCCUGUAACACUGCCAGAGAUCCAGACAGAUGAUGCCAGUGGACUAUGCAGCUCUUUCCUUCAGUCACCAACAGAUGGUCUUCACAUGGAUGCAGUGGAACAAGGCAACCCUGUAACACUGCCAGAGAUCCAGACAGAUGAUGCCAGUGGACUAUGCAGCUCUUUCCUUCAGUCACCAACAGAUGGUCUUCACAUGGAUGCAGUGGAACAAGGCAACCCUGUAACACUGCCAGAGAUCCAGACAGAUGAUGCCAGUGGACUAUGCAGCUCUUUCCUUCAGUCACCAACAGAUGGUCUUCACAUGGAUGCAGUGGAACAAGGCAACCCUGUAACACUGCCAGAGAUCCAGACAGAUGAUGCCAGUGGACUAUGCAGCUCUUUCCUUCAGUCACCAACAGAUGGUCUUCACAUGGAUGCAGUGGAACAAGGCAACCCUGUAACACUGCCAGAGAUCCAGACAGAUGAUGCCAGUGGACUAUGCAGCUCUUUCCUUCAGUCACCAACAGAUGGUCUUCACAUGGAUGCAGUGGAACAAGGCAACCCUGUAACACUGCCAGAGAUCCAGACAGAUGAUGCCAGUGGACUAUGCAGCUCUUUCCUUCAGUCACCAACAGAUGGUCUUCACAUGGAUGCAGUGGAACAAGGCAACCCUGUAACACUGCCAGAGAUCCAGACAGAUGAUGCCAGUGGACUAUGCAGCUCUUUCCUUCAGUCACCAACAGAUGGUCUUCACAUGGAUGCAGUGGAACAAGGCAACCCUGUAACACUGCCAGAAAUCCAGACAGAUGAUGCCAGUGGACUAUGCAGCUCUUUCCUUCAGUCACCAAAGGAUCGUGUUCGCAUGAAUGCAGUAGAAGGCCAUCCUCUAACACUGCCAGUUCCCUGGACAGACAAAGCCAGUGAAUCGCACAUUACAUCUUCAUCUGAGCUUGUGAUGCACCCUGACGAUGAGAUUUUUGUCCCACGAUUAAGAAGAACUAAAAGUGUCAUUCUCCAAGACCUGAAUCUGGAGGACCCUGAUCAGCUUUAUGACUCCACUUCAAGUUCAGAUCUUUACAUUCCAGAUACAAGCUCAGAAAGUGAUGCUGACAGUGAUUGCAGCUUCAGAACACCGGGUCGGGAAAAACGUCCUAAGCUGGAUGACUUACCCAAUGUCAGUAAUCCUUUAAAUGAAGAGAUCUGCGACUCUACAACAUCCAUAAGUAAUUACCCACUUAGUGAUAUACCUGAUGACUUGGGAGCAGAAGAAGAACCCUCUUCAAGUAUGAAUGAUAAUGAUAUUGUUGUUACUGCUUGCCAAAAAAGAGGAGGAAAAAGGGUUUAUGACAAAAAGCAUUAUUGCUUAUAUUGUAAUAAGCCUUACGCUAAGAUGGCCAGGCAUCUUGAGCGUGCUCAUAUUAAUAAAUGUGACGUAGCUAAAGCUCUCAGCUUUCCAAAAGGCUCUAGAGAGAGGAAAAAGCAUUUGGAUUUCAUUCGCAACAAAGGAAACUUUGCACACAAUGCUGCUGUUAUGGAGGCUGGAAGCGGGAAACUGGUGGCAUCUAAACGACCAUCUGCAGAAAUUCAAGGUAAAGACUUUAUGCACUGCGCAUACUGUCAAGGACUUUACAAACGAAAUGUGUUAUGGAGACACGUGGGCACUUGUUCACUUAAACCGGGAACUGUCACCAAAAAGCCUGGCAAAAAUCGUGUUCAGGCUUUGUGUGCAUUCACUGGACCAGUCCCUUCACACAUUAGCAAACAUCUUUGGAAGGUAAUCAGUGCAAUGAAUCCUGACGAAAUCACAAACAUAAUAAAAAGUGAUACUGUCAUCAUAGAUUUAGGACAACAUCUGUUAAAUAAAGGCGGAACUUCUGCAAAGAGUCAGCAAUAUGUUCGAGAGAAGAUGCGAGAAAUGGGAAGACUUGUACAUCAAGCCAGAAAAGUCACAACUUUAAAAAAAAUGGAAGAUCUCAUCAACCCCAAGAAGUACCCUGAGACAGUGAAAGCUGUCAAGGCUACAUGCGGGUAUGAUGAUGAAGAAAACAAGUUCUCUGUCCCAUCACUAGCAAACAAGCUUGGAAAUACACUAGUUAAAGUCAGCAAGCUCUUAAAAGCUCAGGGUUUAAUUACCGAUGACAAAGAGCUUGUUAAGAAGGCUAGUGAGUUCCUGGAAGUCCAUCGAGAGAAGUGGAAUGAGAUGAUAUCAGCAACGGCAUUAAGAAACAUCAGGGAAGCAAAGUGGAAUGUUCCCACUCUCAUGCCAUUUACUGAAGACGUGCAAAAGUUGCACACACAUCUUGAUAAAGUCCAAGAAGAGUGGUUCAGCUUACUCUCUGCAAACCCUUCCACUAAGGCUUGGUCAGAACUGUCAAAGACUUGCUUGACACAGAUAAUUCUCUUUAAUCGGCGCAGAGAAGGAGAGGUGUCAAGCAUGCCUUUAUCAGCAUUUGAGAAGAGAGACCUUUCUGACUCCCAUGAAGAUGUGGACUGGGCACUUUCUGAAGUGGAAAAAAAGCUCUGCAGACAUUUUACAAGAAUUAUCAUCAGAGGAAAACGAGGCCGUCCUGUUCCGGUCCUACUUACCCCAAAGAUGUUGUGUGCACUGGAACUGUUAGUUAAGCAAAGAGAUGCUUCUGGGGUUCUGAAAGGGAACAUUUAUUUGUUUGCCAGACCAGAUGCCUUGACACAUUUCAGAGGUUCUGAUUGCCUUCGGAAUUUUUCUAAGAUAUGUGGUGCAAAAUGCCCAGAGUCACUGACAUCUACCAGACUGCGGAAGCAUGCUGCAACCCUUUCAACUGUGCUAAACAUGACUGAUACAGAGAUGGACCAGUUGGCUAACUUUCUGGGACAUGAUAUAAGAAUUCACCGGGAGUUCUACAGACUACCUGAAAAGACCCUGCAACUAGCCAAAGUCAGCAAAGUGUUGAUGGCUCUGGAGCAAGGAAGACUGGCUGAGUUUCAUGGAAAAAACUUGGACGAGAUUGGAAUUGACCCAGAUGAUGAAGUUCCCAUCACUGAAGAAGGACGCAUAAAUGAGGAAAAUGACUUGUUUGCUGUUGAUGAACCCACUACAGAAGGCUCAUUUGCAUCAAAUGACCGAAAUGAGCUACCAUCUAAAUCACCAGAGAGAUCGAAAGGACCCUCCAUGGAUGAGACUCCUUCAAGUUUCACUGCUCCAAAGUCUAAUCUGAAAGGUAAAUCUGACAAGAAGAGGAAGGAACCUUGGACAAAAAGCGAAGUUCAGGCUGUGGAAAGGCAGAUGAGUAUUUUCAUCAAAUCAUGUCGUGUACCAGCAAAGGCUGACUGCGAAAAGUGUUUGGCAGCUGAAGGGGAAGCCCUGAAGAAUCGGGACUGGCAACACCUCAAGUUCUAUGUUUACAAUCGUAUAACUGCAUACAAAAGGAAAAUUAAGUGUCUGUGAUAUGUUAUAAAUUUCUUUCUGUUGGGGAAGAAAAUGUUAGAUUGUUUAAAAUUAAGUUCAUAACUGCAUUGCAACUGGUUUGUUUAUUGCAGCUUGUUUCACUCACUGAAGAUGAGGGGAAAAAGUGUACAAAAUUCCCAUGUUUUGAUUGGCUAACUUGCCAUUAAACAUUUAAGCCUUUGUUGUCCAACUAAAUUGACUUGUAUGCCAACACAAGUACUUGUGAAGUAAAAACCAAAUAAGACUA